CGGUUGGAGCGGCGUAGAGUCGGAUGUUGACAGGCCCGCCGCUCCGCACCAGCUAUCACGUUUCCAGCUGUCGGCUCGUCUAGAACUUUCCAGUGGCUCCCAGGAAAACACUGUCCACGUCCACGGCUGACCCAUGGAAACCGAACGCAGCUUCCCCGAUAGCUCCAUUGACGACGAUCCACAGAAAGCUCUGGAGGCACUAAAUGAGGCCUUGCAAGGAGACGCUGACAAAGCUGAGUGGUUUUGCCAACGCGCUUAUGCCCACAUCCUCCUGAAAAACUACAGCUGUGCUGCUGAUGAUGCUAAAAAAGCAAAACAGCUGAAACCAAGCCUUCCCCUUGCUUUAAUGCGAACAGGAAUAGCAGAGUACUACCUGAACCACUACGAGUCAGCACAUGAAGCCUUCUCUCAGGGACAAAAGCUGGAUGUGUCUGACAAAUCGUACGAGGUUUGGAUCAAGCGGUGUGAGGAAAUGAUUGGAGAUCAGAUGCAGAAUGGCAGCGUAAACAGGCAGACACCGGUGGUUCCACCUGUCAAACAUGACUGGUACCAAACAGAAUCUCAAAUCAUUGUCACAGUCAUGGCAAAAAAUGUACCCAAGGAUGGUGUGCGUGUCAUCUUCACGGAAAGAGAGCUCGAUGCCAUGAUACAGUUGGCAUCAGGGGAGAACUACAACUUCCACCUCCACCUGCUGCACCCCAUCGUCCCUCAACAGAGCAUCUUCAAGAUCCUCACCACCAAGGUGGAGAUCAAGAUGAAGAAGACAGAUGCCAUCAGAUGGGAGAAGCUGGAGGGAGAAGGACAGGAGUCCAACAUCAAACACUUCGAUCCCAAUCAAUACCCGUCUUCGUCCCAACACCCCCACAAGUGGGACAAGAUGGUGGUGGAUCUCGGCGAGGAGGAGAAGAACGAGAAGCUGGAGGGAGACGCGGCGCUCAACAAGCUCUUCCAGCAGAUCUACACGGAUGGCACAGACGAGGUCAAGCGAGCCAUGAACAAGUCCUUUAUGGAGUCAGGUGGUACAGUCUUGAGCACCAACUGGAAAGAUGUGGGCAAGAGAAAAGUGGAAAUGAACCCACCAGAAGACGUAGAGUUCAAGAAGUACUGAGCACUCGACAACUUUCUCCCCCACCUCCGAUUUUUUUUUUUGGUUUUUGGUUUGGCAAAAUCUUUCUUCACACCUGUCAGUCUGAGCUCCAGCAGGGAGUGUCCUCUGUGGCUCUUCGCUCUUUGUGGCCGUCCACUUCUUCCCUUCCGUUAUGUUGUCGCUCCGCUGUUGUCACCUCGCCCUAAGUGCAGGGACCCUCGGUGUUCGCACUGUCACUCCACCACACAUGGCCUGCUGUCUGCAGGAGCUUUCAGCUAGAGGGAGUCAUUUAAUUUGAAUAAUCUGUUGAACGGAUUGAUUUCCAUUAUCUGACUUUUUUUUUUUAAAGGCCAAUAGACUGAAAAAUGAAGUGAGGUCUGGAUUAGAAUGUGACUGACUGACCCGAAAUGCUCAAAUUCAUCCAUCAGAUUUUUGUUUUCUCUCUUCGCCUGUACCUAGUUUUCUCCAAACACUCACAGCCUUCUGUAUUUGGCAGACGAUUAUGACUUCAUUAUCUUCACUUGUAUAACAGUGUAAAAAAAAAAGAAACAUUUAAAUGAUAACCAUGAAUGCUUUUCAUGGCUCACACAGUUUCUUUUCACUCAACAGCAAUACUACCCUGCAAACUGACUAAUCUGGAAUCCGUGAGACGCGUCAGCCACCGGUUGUUCCCUCAGUGUGGCUCCAGCUUCGGUGUAAAUAAAAAGAUUUGUUGUAUGGCUCACAAA